AAAACACAAACGUCCAGUCGAUAAGUUCAUAACAAAUACAUCAAGUACUGUUCAAACUAGUCAAAUGUAUUUAACAAGUAUGUGCACGCAUCUUGAAAUGAAACGCUUCAUUCAAGAACUGUUGGAAAUCCCGACUUUUACAGUGUAACAAGAACGCACCUUCGGCAUAGCCCGGCUAGCUAACGCUCGCCAAACACGACUUGGGACAUGAAGACUUCGCUAACGUGAAAUAAUGGACACUAAGGAGCGCUUUGCCUUCCUCGCAGAGUGGUACGACCCUGCGGCAUGUCUGGUGCGGCGCUACCAAUUCUUUUACUACCCAAAUGACAAUUCAGUGGAGAUGUUUGACCUGAAGAACCAGAGAACAUUCCUGCGGCGCACCAAAUACGGCGACAUCCGCAUGCAGGAUAUGUUUGUGGGCAACCGCGUCAACAUCUUCUCACGUCAGCUUAAUCUCGUCGACUACGCCGACCACUACACGGCCACCAAGCUGGGCAGCAAAAAAGAAAGGACGCUUGCUCUGAUAAAGCCGGACGGCGUUCCGAAGAUCGGAGACAUCCUGGAAAUGGCAUUCGCCGCCAAUUUGAUGGUGACCAAUGCCAAGAUGACGCAUCUGACAUGGAGCCAAGCAGCAGACCUUUAUGUGGAACAUCAAUCAAAGCCGUUCUUCAAUUCCUUGGUGCAACUGGUGACUUCGGCCCCCGUGGUUGCCUUGGAACUGAUGGGCGACGAGGCCGUGUCUGUCUGGAGGAAACUCCUGGGACCCUCGGACCCGGCGGUGGCUCGGAUGGAGGCGCCGCAAAGCAUCCGUGCGCAGUUCGGAACCGAGGGCGGCAAAGACGUGGCACACGGUUCGGACUCGCUGGCUGCCGCUGCCAGAGAGCUGGAGUUCUUCUUCCCGACAGCGAUCUGCCACGGUCCACCCAAUACGGCCAUCUACUUGGACUGCACAUGCUGCAUCAUCAAACCACACGCCAUGUCGGAAGGCCUCGCCGGCAAGAUCCUCAAGUCCAUCACCGAGGCUGGCUUCUGCAUCUCAGCUCUGGAAAUGUUCAACGUGGACCAAGCCAACGCGGAGGAGUUCUACGAAGUCUACAAAGGUGUGGUGAUAGAAUACAUGGACAUGGUGACCGAGUUGUCAUUGGGACCCUGCAUGGUCCUGGAGAUCCACGGCAAUGAUGUGGCCAAGACUUUCAGGGAAUUCUGCGGGCCCGCCGAUCCGGACAUCGCGCGGCACCUUCGUCCUACUACGCUGCGUGCUCUUUACGGCACGGACAAAGUCAAGAACGCCGUCCACUGCACAGACCUUCCUGAAGACGCCGUCUUAGAGGUGCAGUACUUCUUUAAGAUCUUGGAUGGAUGACCACAAACACACAUCAGACCUUAUCUCGGUUUUCUUUUAUUGUUUCAGCCAGAUUAAAUAAAGUAACAAGACGACUCUGGACAAAGUGUUCUGAUGGG